AUGGCGGUGACUUUGGCAAAGCUAUUCUACUUCCUGUGCAGGGAUAGAGGAAAGCCUGAGGCCGUAGGGAGCUUUAGGAGGACUGGUUUACGCAGUGCGUGCCAAAAGGACCCCCAGUUGGUUGAUAAGAUAAUGUAGGACCUGGAUGCCAAUAAGGACAACAAAGUGGAUUUUAAUGAAUUCGUGGUAAUGGUGGCAGCUCUGACAGUGGCUUGUAAUGAUUACUUCGUAGAACAAUUGAAGAAGAAAGGAAAAUAA